AGCAUGGUCAGUGUCAUCUUAGAAGUUCAAUGCUCUGAAAUAAACGCAAAAUACUUACGCAGAGAAUUCUGUUAGUGUUGGCUCCUUUUAAAUCGGGUAAUUGUUAUAAAAUUUGUUUAUUUUCUGGCAUUGUCGUAUGAACGUUGCCGCUGGCUCUGCUGCGAGAGCAAGUCUAUAAAUACAAGUAGCUCCGUGUAGGCAGCCUCUUUUCCACUCUGUUGUUCACAGGGCGAACAUCAUGCCUGAGACUGGUCUUUUGAAUGGCCAUAUUAAUGGCAAUGGAACUACUUCCAGCGGACGAGAGUGUGAAAAUAGCGAAAGUUUUUUGUUCACAAGUGAAAGUGUAGGCGAAGGACAUCCUGAUAAAAUAUGUGAUCAGAUCAGUGAUGCUAUUCUGGAUGCACAUCUCAAACAGGAUCCCAAUGCCAAGGUGGCAUGUGAAACAUGCACAAAGACUGGCAUGAUAAUGGUUAUGGGGGAAAUCACAUCCAAGGCUGUCGUUGAUUACCAAAGUGUGGUGCGCCAAACUAUCAAGAAAAUUGGCUAUGAUGAUUCCAAUAAAGGCUUUGAUUUCAGGACAUGCAACUUAUUAGUAGCGCUAGAAGAGCAGUCUCCUGAGAUAGCUAGCGGUGUACACCACGACAGAGAUGAAGAAGAUGUUGGUGCUGGUGACCAGGGCUUGAUGUUUGGAUAUGCUACCGAUGAGACUCCAGAAGCGAUGCCUUUAACGGUAGUACUCGCACACAAGCUCAAUCAAAAGAUCGCAGAGCUGCGUCGUGACGGCACUUUCUUCUGGGCGCGGCCAGAUUCAAAGACACAGAUCACAGCGGAAUAUUUCUUCGAUCAUGGCGCCGCUAUCCCCACCCGUGUUGACACAGUUGUGGUGUCAUGCCAACAUUCGGAAGAAAUCAGUCUGGAGGAUCUGCGUCACGAAAUUCUCGAGAAGGCUAUCAAAGUCGUUAUUCCCGAGAAAUAUCUCAAGCCUGACACAAAGUUCCAUAUUAACCCAUGUGGAAAAUUUAUUCUUGGAGGUCCCCAAGGUGACGCCGGCCUCACAGGUCGCAAGAUCAUCGUAGACACGUAUGGUGGUUGGGGUGCUCAUGGAGGAGGUGCCUUCUCUGGCAAGGAUUAUACUAAAGUAGAUCGAUCAGCUGCGUACGCUGCCAGAUGGGUGGCCAAGUCACUGGUUGAUAACAAGCUCUGCCGACGCUGCCUCGUGCAGGUUUCGUAUGCUAUUGGCGUGGCGGAACCUACUAGCAUCGCAAUUUUCCACUACGGUACCUCACCCUACUCGUCGCGUCAGUUGCUUCAAAUUGUCAAGCAUAACUUCGACCUUCGACCUGGCAAGAUCGUGAAGGAACUUGGCCUGAAAUUGCCCAUCUACAGUGAAACCUCAUGCUACGGUCACUUCGGGCGCGAACAGUUCGCCUGGGAGAAACCCAAGAAAUUGGUCAUUCCCGAUGAUAUUCCCCGCCUUUAAAAGAAUCCGGUCAUUAGACCACGAUUUUAUGUUGUUGAUGCACCCUUAUAGUUUCCACUACACCAUCACUUGAAAUUCGGGAUUUGAUGCGGUGUAUAACCUGCCUGUCUAGUGAUAAGAGUUUGUUUUUAAGUGCAUGUCGGUCGCACUUUCACUUGGAACUGACCAAUUUAAAAUAUUUCUUAAAUUGAAUUGAUCGGGCAUUCAUUUAACCAGUUCGAAGUUGGGACCAGUUUGAGGCAGAUGUCGUCAUGUGUGCUCCACUUGAUGCCUUUCUACGUUUCGCUCUCUCGCUGUCCAACGUUGAAAUAUUUCUAGAUUUAGGACCCAUGUCUAUAGUUUGGCGAGCAGACGUUGACAGACGAGGCAUGAUGGGCCCUUGACAGGGGGAUCACAGUGGGGUGCUGAGGAGUGGUCACAGCUCUCUCGUCAUGCUUUUGACUCUCCAGCUUUAAGUCUGAGUAACGUAAAACAUUAAAGUCUAUUAUGCGAGUCGCAUUGAUAGUUAUGACAGCUAAAUCGCGAAACUACACAAGAUGUGCUCAAUGCAACUACUUCGCUGCCAUCAAAUGCUCAGGUUUGGUUAGUUCUAUAUUGUUCAAGAAAUUUUCAACAAGUUAACGCUUUGAAUUUGGAGUGUCAGUCGUCCUUGACGAGCAUCUCUGCACUCGCCUCAGCAGCCGCUGCAAAUGGUGCAACUUGUUUACGACCUGACUACUUGUUGGCCACCUUCACAUCGCAGCGAGCUCACUCUCGCUUUCACUAGGCCAGCAACUUCAUCUACUGCACUUUUUGUGUUGUGUUUACGAGAAUUGGAAUGGAAAAGAGCAUUUCCCUAAACACUCCGGUCCUCCUGCGGGUCGCCCUCAUGCUGUUACUCCGUACGUCUCGUUCUGUCAAUUUUUUUAAUUGUAUGUGAUCAUAAAACUCUAGUGUACGCUAGGCUGCAGUUGAAAUUGCUUGUGUGUUUUUCUGAUCGUUUGGUUGAGCCAAAUCGCUGCACUUUUAUGUAUUUAUUGCGUUUACGUAUUUUUAUAUCAAUAUUUUAUCAUCUUCACUGCUAUAAGAAUCGGUUACCUGGUACUUGAGGUACUUAUCCCUGCUCCCGAAUGAAUAAAUUUUGCUGCAUCCU